AUGCCCACCCUCGACCCGAACCUCUAUACCGUCGCGUGGAUCGCUCCACUUGAGAUUGAAGUACAGGCUGCCAAACAUAUGCUGGAUAAGGUGCAUUCGGGAGGAUUUCCUGUCGGCCCUGGCGAUGACUAUUUGUUCCAUGCCGGUGAGAUACAUGGGCAUAAUGUCGUGAUCGCCACUUUUGCUGCCGGUCAGCGGUAUGGCACAAGCUCUGCAACAUCACUCGCAAUUCACAUCAAAAAGUUCUUUCCAAACCUAUGGUUUGGGCUUCUUGUGGGCGUUGCUGCAGGCCUCCCAAACCUCUCAUGCUCGCCCACGCGCGAUAUUCGGCUAGGCGAUGUUAUUAUCGCUUAUUCUCCUCCGGGCGGAGAUCAUCCGGCAAUCAUACCUUAUGGGCUGGGGAAGCAAAAGGGAGGCAGCGGCUUUGUGUUGCUGUGUAACGGACACUCCCUCCGUCAAACAGAACGCAUUGUGGGAUCCGCAAUCGGUAAGAUCAAGGCGGAUGGGCGAGAGGCAGAAGUGAUAUUAGGCUACUACAGGGAAAUACCAGAGACAGCCACGAAGUUUCCAGACCCUGGGCAGGAAAAGGACUUUCUUUACUUAUCCGGCGAUGAUCAACCAGCUCAACGACAACACCGACCGGACGCUGAACGCACGCGUGUCUGGUACGGAUCGAUUGGCUCCGGCGACCAGCUACUAAACAGCAGCCGAGCUAGGGACGAAUUGAGAAAUAAACAUAACGUGAUUGGGUUGGAAAUAGAGGCCGCGGGUGUGGUGAAUGAAAUUCCAGUGGGAAAUAUUCGCGGGGUUUGCGAUUAUGGUGACGAGCGAAAGAACAAAGAAUGGCAGCCUUACGCAGCGGCGAUGGCAGCGGCCUUUGCGAAGGCGGUGCUGUCGGAGAUCAUUCCAAAGUCUGCUACACAAUCAGCUGGUGGCAGGACAGACUUCACAGAUGAAGACAAGGCCUGCCUCCGAGACUUGCUGGUUGCGGAUCCAGAAACCGAGCGACGACGCAUCGAGGCCACAAAGGGCGGUCUACUGAAUGACUCAUUUCAAUGGGUCUUGGGUAAUGCUGAAUUUCAGAGAUGGCGUAGCGACCAUCAAAGCCAGUUGCUUUGGAUUAAGGGCGAUCCUGGCAAGGGCAAGACUAUGCUUAUGAUCGGGAUAAUCAAUGAACUAUUACAGCAAAUUCAGUCACAACCAUCGCAAUCAAUGGCCUACUUCCUGUGCCAAGCAACCGAUCCCAGACUGAACAAUGCUACCAACAUCCUGCGGAGUUUGAUCUAUAUGCUGGUUCAACAACAGCCCCAUUUGAUUACACACCUGCGAGAAAGCUACGUCACUAAUCCAAAGCUGUUUGAGAGUGGCAAUACGUUUUACAGCCUAUCUGUGAUCUUUGACAAGAUGGUACAAAGCUCAACAAGUGCCACGAUAUUUCUGCUGCUGAUUGAUGGGCUCGAUGAGUGCGAGUUGGGUCUACCCGAGUUACUGCAAUUUAUUACCUCGAUGAAGUCCACUUCAACCGUUCAAGUGAAGUGGGUUGUCUCGAGUCGUAAUAGAGACGAUAUCGAGCAGGCACUGGAGUUUCACGAUAGGAAAAACAAGCUCAGCCUGGAGCUGAAUGCGAAUCAUAUAUCUGAUGCUGUUGCGGUAUAUAUCAAUUACAGAGUGUCCCGGCUGACAGCACUCCAGAAGAAAGGAUUCCUUUUGGAACAGGUCAAAGAACAACUGCGUCAGAAGUCAGAUGGAACAUUCUUAUGGGUCUCCUUGGUGAUUCAGGAAAUGCAGAACUGCCAGCAUUUGUCAGAGAUGAUUGAGCUGUUGGAAAAGGCUCCGCGAGGCUUGACCCCAUUGUACAACCAUAUAUUUCUGCAGAUUCAACGUCUUGAGCGCCUGAAGCGCGAGUCAUGCAUGUCAGUCCUCUCAGUUGUUACGCUUGGAUAUCGACCGCUUCACUUGCACGAAUUGCGUCUUCUGGUUAGCGUGCCGAAGCAACAACAUGGCUUUGCUGAUUUGGAAAAUAUUAUUGCCAUAUGUGGAUCCUUCCUUACAAUACGAGAUGAACACGUUUAUCUGAUACAUCAGUCUGCCAAAGACUAUCUCAGAAAUAGCAAAGGAUCCGCUGCUAAUUUUCCAGCGGGGCACUUCGCAAUACAUCACAGAAUAUACCAAGAAUCCUUGCAGAACCUUUCCGCUAGGCUACGACGCAACAUUUACGGACUGGAGAAUCCAGCUAUUUCAGUGUCCAAGAUUGCAAACCCCGCAUCCGACCGUGACCCCUUGAUCGACCUGCGAUAUAGUUGCAUGUAUUGGCUUGACCAUUUUCUUGAGGCUACUUCGGCAUCCAGUUCUGAGAACGUUUCGAAAGCAUAUAAAGUGGCUUCUGAUUUUUUCAAAGAACAUCUACUUCACUGGCUAGAGAGCCUUAGUCUAAUUGGUGGGGUCCAGCAUGGAAUCUUAGCUCUCAAAAAACUCGUUCACCAGCAGCAGCAGCAAUCUCCUACGCAAGUCAGCCUGAAUUUAACGUUCAAGGAGUUUGAGAGGUUUGCGACUAGCUUUGCAUAUAUUAUACAAGAGGCGCCGUUGCAAACGUACGGCGCCGCGCUUGCCUUUUGUCCACAAGCUAGUGAGAGCAGAGAGCUUUAUUGGCGUGAACGGUUGGAUUUUCUAGAACAUGCUUUUGUCAUGCCAGAGGCGUGGGACCCAUACAGGCAAGUAUUCGACGGCCACAAGGCUUACGUCACCGCGGUGGCCUUUUCACCGGACGGGCAGACCGUCGCGUCCGCCUCUGAUGAUCGCACGGUGCGGCUCUGGGAUGCAGUCACGGGUGUCGAAGGCUGCACGCUGCAAGGCCACAUGGAUUCGGUUAACGCGGUGGCCUUCUCACCAGACGGGCAGACGGUCGCGUCCGCUUCUGAUGAUCGCACGGUGCGGCUCUGGGAUUCAUUCACUGGGGUUGAACGCCACAGGCUGCAGGGCCACACGAACUGGGUCCGCGCGGUUGCCUUCUCCUCGGACGGGAAGACAGUCGCGUCUGCCUCUCAUGAUCGCACGGUGCGGCUCUGGGAUCCAGCCACGGGGGUCGAACGCCACACGCUGCAUGGCCACAUGGAUUCUAUCACCGCGAUGGCCUUCUCGCUGGAUGGGAAGACGGUCGCGUCCGCCUCUUAUGAUCACACCGUCCGGCUCUGGGAUCUAGCCACUGGGGUUGAACGCCACAGGCUGCAGGGCCACACGCAGGGGGUCCGCGCGGUUGCCUUCUCCCUAGACGGGAAGACAGUCGCGUCCGCCUCUCAUGAUCGCACGGUGCGGCUCUGGAAUCCAGCCACUGGGGUUGAAAGCCGCACGCUGCAGGGCCACACGGAUUGGGUCCGCGCGGUGGCCUUCUCCCCAGACGGGAAGACGGUUGCGUCUGCCUCUGAUGAUCGCACGGUGCGGCUCUGGAAUCCAGCCACGGGGGUCGAACGCCGCAUGCUGCGAGGCCACACGAAUUGUGUCACCACGGUGGCCUUCUCUCCGGAAGGGAAGACUGUCGCGUCUGCCUCUCAUGAUCGCAUGGUGCGGCUCUGGAAUCCAGCCACGGGGGUCGAACGCCGCAUGCUGCAGGGCCACACGAAUUAUGUCACCAUGGUGGCUUUCUCUCCGGACGGGAAGACUGUCGCGUCUGCCUCUCAUGACCACACGGUGCGGCUCUGGGAUGCAGUCGCGGGGGUUGAACGCCGCACGCUGCAGGGCCACACGGAUAAGGUCCGCGCGGUGGCCUUCUCACCAGACGGGCAGACGGUCGCGUCCGCCUCGGGUGAUUAUACUGUGCGGCUCUCGAAUCCAGCCACGGGGGUCGAACGCCGCAUCCUGCAGGGCCACACGAAUUGUGUCACCAUGGUAGCCUUCUCUCCGGACGGGAAGACUGUCGCGUCUGCCUCCGGUGACUAUACUCUGCGACUCUGGGAUCCAGCCACAGGAAUCGAAAGCCGCAUGCUGCGAGGCCACAUGAACUGGAUCCGCGCGGUUGCCUUCUCCCCAGACGGGAAGAUGGUUGCGUCUGCCUCUUAUGACCACACCGUCCGGCUCUGGGAUCUAGCCACGGGGGUUGAACGCCACAGGCUGCAGGGCCACAUGGAUUUAGUCCGCGCGGUUGCCUUCUCCCCAGACGGGAAGAUGGUUGCGUCCGCCUCUGGUGAUCGCACGGUGCGGCUUUGGGAUCCAGCCACAGGGGUCGAAUGCCGCAUGCUGCGAGGCCACAAGAAUUGGGUCCACGCGGUGGCCUUCUCACCAGACAGCAAGAUGGUCGCGUCUGCCUCUGGUGAUCACACGGUGCGGCUCUGGGAUCCAGCCACGGGGGUUGAACGCCGCACGCUGCAGGGCCACACGGAUAAGGUCCGCGCGGUGGCCUUCUCCCCCGACGGGAAGACAGUCGCGUCCGCGUCUGGUGAUUAUACUGUGCGGCUCUGGGAUCUGGCCACCGGCGCUGAAGCAGAUAAGCAUCAACUUGACGUCGCAGUAAACACCUUGUUAUUCUCAACUAAUGGCUUCCUCAAGACUGACCGUGGCUCACUUCCUUUAAGCUACCAACCUCUGACCUCCCUCACUAAACGACAAGAAAAUGAUAUCUUUGUCCGUGAGAAAUGGAUAACUCGCAAUGGACAGCAAUUGAUCUGGCUUCCACCAGACUAUCGGGCAACAUGUGUGGCUAUCAAUGGCAAUACUGUGGUUCUUGGACAUGAUUCGGGCCGGCUAACGUUUGUGUGGUUAAACUAA